UAAUUUCCUCGAAGGCACGGCCGGCUGUGGACGUGUUGGCCCGGGGUCUGCCACGUCGACUUGCGCGAUAGAUCGCCGAUAGAUAUCGAUCCUGCGUGAUCGCGGGCGCGAAGAAGCGGAGGAGUGACGAGUCGCGGUUGUCCUUGUCGUUAGCUCGCAGAAGAAGUCGAACGACGACGGAACGCGUCAUCGAAGGACGGUGGGCCUCGCCUCGCCAGCGGCGUCCGGUCCUCGUCUCUUCGAUGUGAAGGUCGCUCUGUCAUGGCUGUCGCCCUUCUGGGCAAGUACGUCGCGCUGCUGGGGCUCGUCGUGCUGCUCUACGCCACCUGCUAUGGCUUCCGGAUUCGCGACGUUGGACCGCCGACGGGUACCUGCGUUCUCACGCAUGGCAGAGCCUGCCCCGACAAAACGACGACGACCACGACGACGACCACGACGAGCGGGGCACCGUUGUACCUGGCUCGGAAGUGGCACGAGUUGCGAACUACUGGUGGCCGGAAACCACCUGCCGAACCGACGUCAGUCGAUGAACUGGAGGGGACCCGUCCGAGAAUCGAAAAGGCCGCUGAACAUCCAAGAGAUAAGGGUACUAGACCGAGGAAUUUUAGAAUAGAGAGUGUCGAGGUAGAUGAUGACGAGGAGGAGGAAGAGGCGCGUGUGGAAGUAGAAGACGAAGCGGAGCAGGAAGAAGAUGGUGAGUCAGUAGGAGAUUCCGAGAGAGAUCGAACGAAUGAAGACGAGGAUGAAGAUGAAGACAAAACGGCCGAGGUGUCAGAUGAAGAUAUUGAGGAUGAGAAAAAGAGUCCGAAGAAAUUGAAGAAAGAGCUCGAUAGUGAUGACGACGAUGACGAAGGUGUCGAAAAGAAAAUUCUUAAGAAGGAUUCGAAGAAGCAAGUGGAAGAAAUCAAGACGAAAAUUAAGACCGCGAAGACUGUUAGGGCGGUGGAAUACAGCAAAAGCAAAACUGCUGUUGUUGAUGAUGACGAUGGUGACGACGACGACGACGACAAUGAGGAUGAGGAUGAAGGAAGCGAAGCAGAAGAAAAAGAACAUGUAGUAGCCAAAGUAGAUAAGCAAAAAGUCGCAGAACCAGUUAGGAAACAAGUGAGUGUGUCACGUAAGAAACAAGACCGAACUAAAGUCCAGGUUUCGCAAAGCGACGAUGAUAAAGACGACGAAAACGGCGGAAAAGACAAAGAAACUGACACUAGGCCGGCCGCUCCAGCACCCAGAAAGUUGGAGAAAGUGAGGCUCGCGGAUAAAGACAAAGAUAAGAUGGCUAAAAUUUUACCUAGCACAUUCGCUGUGGAGAAGUCAAAACAAGAAGAGAGAAAACCGGUCGACGUCGCAAAGCCAAAAGUAGAGAUCGCGAAAAAGACAGUUGAAGGCACGAAGAAACCCGAAUCGAUCGAAGGCAUGAAGAAACCCGUCGAGAGUGCGAAGAAGUCCAUCGAGGUUACGCAGAGAUCAGCCGAAGGAGCAAAGAAAUUACCUGAAGGCGCAAAACAAGCAGUUAAAACGGUUGGCUCUAAGCCUAAAACCGAGGCGCCUAUUACCUCAGCGAAGGUAGACGAGAAAUCGAAGACGCGCGCGAAAGUAGAAACUUCAACACCUGCGCCGAAGAUCAAGGAGCAAGCGAAACAGCCGCAGAAGGCGGACGUGAAAAAGACAGCGGCGAAACCAACUUCGCAACCGUCGAAGGAAGUUUCGCGAGCAGAGAAGCGGGAGACGAAGCCGAAAACGAGGAAACACACAGACGCAUCCGUUACAUUGUCCGAGCUGAAUGAUGCAAUUCUGCAUGUGCCGACCUUCGUGCCAAAUUUUACGAACGUUGAGGACCCCGUUUGUCAGCAGCACGGCAAGAUAUUCCUGCGACAAUUGAGAGGUUACAAGUUGUGGGCGCUGCAAAUGCUGGAUUCGAGUGCAAAGAUUCCGUCAGGCUUGUUACGAGGAAACGUGAAUCAACUCGGGGAUUACGACCAGUGCUUAGGUGUGUUGGCGCAUGUCAAAGUGGAUGAGAGGACGAUAAGAAUUCAGGGGAAGUAUUGCUUGGCUACUGUGGACCUGCACGCAUCCCAUCCGGAUAUGAAGUUGCCGGUCAAUCUAAUGCAGGCCCGCGCUUUUAUACGAGGCAACAUGCACGACCCGGGUCAUUUCAUUCCGAAAUUCACUACGAUGAAUUGGGCGCUAUGUCUUCCCGCGGCGUGUUCCGCAAAAGACGCCGAACGCGCGUUAGAAAGCACCUUGAGCGAUUAUAAUACAACUGUUGGAAUUAAAUUUACGGUGGACGUCGAUCCCAAUAUGUGUUACGUCAAGCAAAAGUCUCAGAGUUACUCGAAAGAGACGAUCGGCGUCUUAUAUUUUUACGCGAUGAUCAUUUGUCUCGUUAUUAUAGCGACUGUGAGGGAUUACCUCGUGGAGACGCAAGAAAAGGGAAAUUACUCUGAAAGGAUAAUCAUGUCAUUUUCCUUACGAAGGACGAUUAAAGCCUUAUUGAAGGAAACGACGGAUGCUACGGAUAUUACGUGUAUCCACGGAAUAAGAGCGCUGACUACGAUCACUCUUUACGUUGCCCAUCAGCUUAUAACAAUUUCCCGAAUACCGUUUAGUAACCGUACCUCUCUUACCGAGAUCGCCAACAGCCCAGCUAGUUCUAUUUUGCGAGUAUCGUUAGUUUACACGGAUGCUUUCCUGCUGCUGAGUGGCGUUCUCACCGCUUACAAUAUGGCGAACGAGCUGAAGACUCGCGGCGAGAUUCGCUGGUUUUGUCGCUUCAUCGCCAGAUUUAUUAGACUUACACCAGCAUUGCUCGCAGUGGUGUUUUGGUACGCCUUCGUCAUGGAACACAUCGGCUCGGGUCCGCAGUGGAACAGCGUGAUCGCGACGAACGCGGAACUCUGUAAGUACAACGCGUGGACGAAUUUGUUAUACGUGCAGAACUUCUUCCCGUUCGAGGAGAUGUGCGCCACGCACACGCAUCAGCUGGCUUUGGACAUGCAAUUGUCGCUCUUGGCUCCUAUGCUAGUUUUCUUCCUGCAGUAUAAACCCCUCAUCGGUAUCCUUCUGAUGACCUUCCUCAUCCUCUUAUCCGCCACGCUUCGUUACAUCGCGACGGUGAACAAUUAUCUGUCUCUCGUCAUCUUUCACGGGAUAUCAUUGAAACGCCUUUACAAGACUGCUAAUUUAACUUACGCAUUACCACUGCAUAGAGCCACGCCGUAUAUUUUCGGCGUGGGUCUCGGUGUAAUGUUGGAUUACACCGGAAAGAACGUCAGGAUCCACAAGGUGUUAGUGAUCUUGGGAUGGUUGAUCGCGACGGCCUUGGGUUCAUGGUCGUUAUUUUCACCCUGGCGUCAGGCCAGACGGGACUAUGUGUACGAUGCUGAAGAGGCUACUCACUAUGCAGUAAUCGGACCGGUGUUGUGGGCCGCAGCUCUAUGCUGGUCAAUAUUUGCCUGCUUCACGGAGCACGGAGGCGUCAUUAAUAGAUUUCUCUCGAGUUAUUGGAUGGUGAUCUUCAGCAGGCUAUCGUACGCCGUCUAUUUAACGCAAUUCGCAGUAUUUUUCCACAACGUUGGGACCACGAGAUUCUCCGCGGAAUUUCAAGUUUACAGGGCAAUUGAUCCUCUGGAAGUAACGAUAGUGAUAGCCGCGUCAGUUGUUCUGACGUUACUUUUUGAUCUUCCUAUGCAGGAAGUGAAGAGCGUCAUAAUGGAAAGCACGGAUGCUUUGGCGCUCGAAGCUUUCGAAGAUGAAAAGACAAGCGUCGAGGAUAAAGACGAAGUGGCGGAGGCCGCGAAGGAAACGGGCGAGCAAGUGGACGUUUUGGAGGAUGAAGAGAUCGCCUCCGAUGAUUGGGAGGAGAAUGUAGCUCAGACUAGAACCAAUCUCGCGGAGUAUGACGCGGAGGAGGAAACGGUACCGACCAUGAAAAAAGUGAACGGCAAACGUAUACCGUUCGUCGAUCGUGAGACGCACGAUUCCGAGGAGGUAUCGAAUAGAAAUCGAACUAAAGCAGCGACCAGAAAACCAUCUAGAGACACGGACGACUACGAUAACAAGAGACCCGUGAACAGUCGAAUAUACAUAACCGAUGAAUCCGAAGAAGAAGCUAUCGAGUUCCUGAGAACUCAGCAAGAGUACGAGGUCGUAGGACAAAGAAACAGACGCUCGUUAUCCCGAAAUAAGGAUAAUAAGAAAUUAGCGUCGAGGGAGAGCGAGAGUGAGGAUGAACGACAACGUAGGAGAGAGAGUGACGAUGAAUUGCAGGGGUUGCGGCGGCCCGAGUCCAGAGGAAGGACUGCGGCCAAAGAAGCGGACGAUUAUCGUUCUUGGGAGUUCGUUGGGAAGGAAGCUUCGUUCGCCAGAGACCAACACGAGUCGAGCGCGAGACAAUUGAAAGCGCCCGCAUUGAAGUCGACAGACGUCGCGAGAAGGACGUUUUCCUCCGAGAGCGAGGAGGAGCUAGCAGGUAAACGAGCGCCGAAGCCUGAGCGCGUUUCAAGUUCUGAGGCGAAGACGAGCGACGAAGAAGAGUGGGAGCGCGAGUUGCGAGUACGGAGGAAACAGUUCAUCGGGAAAUUGAUCUCUCAGGACGAGCCGUUGGGCGAAGAAGAGGAUGAGAACGACGUAGAGCCCUUGAAGCGUAGAUCCUCCGCGGAAGGUAGAAUAGCCAUGUUGAAGGACGACCUCUCGGGUGAGGACAACAUGGACUCGUGGACUGUCAGUGUCGGGCCGCGGCUCGCGUCGCUCGGAUUGUCUCAGGAGCCGAGUGAGCCUGAAGACGACGGCAUUUACAUGCGACGAAGGGAAUAUCGCGAGCAAGGUCCACCAUCGAGAGAGGAGAGCCAAAGCGAGGAGGAGGAGAGUAGUCAAGAUACCUCGAGGAGGCAGUCCUACACCAGCGGCAGUCAGAAAACCUCCUUAGAGGAGGAGGACGACAUGAACAGCUACAACUUCGUCUUGACGGAAGGAAGCAAAAGGGAGUCUCUGCAAGAUCUGUCGAAAUUAUCGCAGGAGGAAUUGGCGGAUUCCGGCUGGAAUGUUGUGAAGAAGGAGGGCGCGGACCUCUCGGUGAAACCAUCAACAGGGUUGUUCAAGCGAGAAUCCAUCAUAAAGAGUCAAGCCAGUGAGGAGGAUCCCGAGUACCUCCUGCCGGAGAGGCCCAAGCUGGUUCAGCAGGAGCGCGAGCAUCCGUUCAAGAAGGCCUGGCAGAUGCAGAAAUCUAGAUCGGAAGAAGACGGUUCUUCGGCGUACGCCAUCAAGGAUCCCAAAGAACAACAGAGUGAGACGAAAUCCAAGGAGAAGGAGACGCCGAUCAAGCGCGAGCACAGCGGCGAGCAAUCCGAGGAUAUCGAGUCGUUUGCCGACGAUGAAGCUGAAGCGACGACGAUGUUACGAAGUAGAAGCACCGACACGGAGGAUAACAAGACCGGCUCGAAAUCCGGCACGGACGAGGCGGAUUCGAUCUCGACAGACUACAGCAAGUCUGCGCGCGACGAAGACCACAGACAGAGCUCAAAAUCUGAAACCGACGAAGAUUCCGCGAGAUUUAAUUGGCCAGAGGAGAAGGAGGAGGAGGAAGAUGCUGAAGAUGAAGUCCGCAGAAUCGGCCGGAGGGGGAAGUCGGAGGAGGCAGAUUGGGAUUGGGAGCAGGAGGAAACUUGACGAAAAUGAUUUUAGACGAUUGCACGAGAGUGAUUACGUCUUGCCUUCAAGUUUGCUUGAAUGUGAGGAUACUUCGAUGGAGGGAGGCGACCGAUUUGAAUCAUGGCGCUCGAACGGGCUACGUGUUUGGCGAGAGGGACUUUUUUCUCGAGAUACGAGAGACAGGAAGAUAUUUGAAGAAAAAGAUACGACCGAGAUUUAUAUUAAUCAUUAUGUUAUAUAAGUUAAUAAAUGAUAAAGGAAGUGUUGUACACAUAAUUUUGCUAAAUAUUUUAUUUUUCACGUA